AUGAAGGUUAGUUAUAAUCUUAUUGGCAUCACAUCAAAAGAAUGGUUCGGAGUUGAUGAAGAUAUUGCACCAGUUUGUGAAGGUGCUGUUCAGCACAUAGCCUCAAAAAGGUUUCAAAUUGGGGGAAUUGAUUUGACUAACUUACUAACACAAGAACUUUGCAAAUCCAAUACCUUAAUGAACAUCGACAUUUCUGAGGUUGAGAAGUUGAAGGAGCAAUAUGCACGGUGUGCAGAAGAUCAAGUUGCCUUUGGUGAGACCCAAAGAACAUGGCCUAAAGAGACGCACACCCUUCCUGAUGGUCAGUGUUUGUCAUGUGUUGCAUGGUAUUUGCAUACUAUAACUAUUGGACGGGAGGGCUAUAUUGUUGGGGAAGCUCUAUUUCAACCAUCAAUUUUGGGCUUAGAGGAGUAUGGGAUAGUUGAGCAGCUGGUUCGCAGCAUCUCAAGCGUUUCUUCUGAGAACCUACGUCAACUACUUGAAAAUACCAUGCUUUGUGGUGGUACAGCAUCUAUGUCUGGUUUUGAAGAGCGGUUCCAAAAGGAAGCUAAUCUAUGCUCUUCAUCCAUUCGACCAUCACUUAUUAAGCCACCAGAAUACAUGCCAGAGAACUUAUCCAAGAAUUCAGCCUGGAUGGGUGGUGCUAUAUUGGCUAAAGUUGUUUUCCCUCAAAACCAGCAUGUCACCAAGGGAGAUUAUGAUGAGACGGGACCGGCAAUUGUUCACAAGAAGUGCUUCUAGUUGUAAAUUGCCAGCAUAGUAUAGGCUGCUAUCUACUAAUCCGCAUACGUGCUAAUCAAGAUUAUUCUAUUUGUAGCACUUAUGUUUUCGCAAUUACUUUGGCAAUUCUAGAAAGUAGAGACAAGCAUCUGAUUCUCUUAAGCAGAUAUCCUCCUUUCAGGUAAAAUAUCUUAUGGGAAAUGAGUGUGUGCCAAAAGGUAAAGCUCAUUCAAGAUUUGGCUUGCUCUUAUGAGACUGAACGAGUGUACAACAUUCUACUAAUCACCCGGAAUGGGUUACAUGCUCAAAUAUUUAGCAUGGACUAGGUA